UCAGUUCAGUCCACGAAAGUACAGCCAAAUUGCGCCGGAUUUAUUUUGUACAUAAUUGCUGUGUAAUCACAAAUCAGUCGGUUUUGACGUAGUGAAGACUCAUCAACACUGAGGACGUAGCCGGAAGCUUAGAAGAAAAUUUAUACCGAAGCGAUCAACCGACGAAAUGUCGUCCGCUAUUCAACCGGAAGGGAACACAUCUUGCGCAGAAAAGAAUUUUUGGAAAAGACCUGGAACCACGAACAAAGGAAAGAAGUACGAAAAUAUGAUAACUACCAACAUCAUACUUCAUAUGGUAAACAUGGAUAAAAUAAAAAACUUCUACGUUUCGUCUGACGAUGCCAAUUUUGGAGCAUUUGAUGAUGUCAUCAUUGAAAUUGAGACAGAUAAGGGAAGGCAAACAAAGGCGGUGCAGUUAAAACACAGCAACAAUCCAGGAAGUUUAGGGAUACACCGACUAGCAAGCGAAAAGGGAGAUUUUAGCAUACUCAAAUAUUUCAAAUCGUUCCAAGAGAUAAAGAAGAAACCACAACAGUGUAUUCUGUUCACGAACCUUAAAUUUAAGGUUUCUGAAAACACAAAAUUUCAACUAAGCGGAAAAGAUUUUUACUUAGAACCUUAUAAAACAGAAAUUGCUGAUGAUUGUUUGAAAAUUUCUCAAGACAUAAAUUAUUGCCAUAAAUUUCGAGUUGUAGAAGAAGAAAACCAUGGAGACGUUCCUUCAGAACUUCAAGAGUUCAAGACAUUUCUUGAAAGUUUUUGUCUAUACACUAACCAACAAAGUCUCGAAAUACUUGAAAAAUCAACAGCCAAUAACUUCACGAAGACAUUUUGUUCGAAUCAUGAAACCUUUGAAAAGUUCGUUAGAAUUAUAUCUGAGUGGGAUAUGCUAGAAGGAUCAAAAAUAAAGUUAGACAAGAAGUUGAUGCAACGUGCAAUUGCGCUUUGUCUGUUAUCUCCUUACGUCGAACAUUUUACUUCUGGUCCAGUCAGCGACAAAAGGAAACUUCUUCGAGAAGCGAUUUGUUCAUUUGAUAUUACGCUGUUGGAAAAUACCGAGUGCGAUAUGGUGAAAGAGUUGUGGGACGACUUGGACAAGAAUAUUGACAUCAAGGAACUAAAUAGACUGAGAUCUUUUUAUCGUCUUUCUCCUAAUUAUAUAUGCAAGAUAGAAGAUGUAGAUGGAAAUGUGUUGGCACAAUUGUUGUGGUUGAUGGAGAAAUGUCCCCUAAUUUUAAAAGAACACGAAAAUAUCGAAAAAGUCAUUCAACUUUGUCCUGAUCGAAAAUUCGUCUUGCUUGGUGAAGGAAAAUGGAGAGAAUGGAUGAAAGGUCGCUCCGUGUUUCAGAACUUGUUGCAUUUGAAAUCAGAACACAAUUUAUAUGAAAGAGUGAUGCAGACUUUUACCAUUUCCUUGCAAGGGAAAGCAGCGCUUACUCUGAUGGACGCAUGUGGAGGAAAUGAAGAAUUCUUGAAGAAUAUUAUUGUAAAUAAUCUUUUAGAAAUGAUAGACAGUCCGUGCCUGAUAGACGGGGAAAAAGAAGUUCUUCCCAAUCCUUACAUCGAAAGGUAUUUGUCGUUAAAUGUUAUAGAUAUUAAGUAUUUAGGACAUGUUAAUCGGAAUACCGUCGUUAUUUUAAAUUGCGCAGAUAGUUCUAAGGAAAUAGAAAAACUUCCAAAUAUUAAACUGAGAAACAUCGACGAUUAUUUAGUUGAACCAGAAUGUAGAACUUCUGAUGAUCCAAUUUUCAUCAUAAGUAAAAAUAAAUGUAGCGAAUCUGAAUUUGAAAAAGUAUGCUCUAAAACUCCAAAAAUUGUUCAUUAUUUCAAAUUUCUUAAAAACCACAUUUUAGAAUGGGUCCGGAGUAGAGGCGAUGUCGGAGAUUUGCAAAAUUAUAAAUUAACUAAUCAUACUAAAAACGAAAACGAAUUCUGGUCCUCCGAGUUUAGGAAGAACAUUAAUUUAGUAGUAGGUGAUCCGGGGAUGGGUAAAACUGAACUAACAAAAAGCUUAAAAAAUAAGUGUUCUUCUAAAUUCUGGACAGUACUUAUUAGCCCUCAAGAAGUUAAUUUAUUGUUUAAACAAUCAGAAGAGUGUAAAGUAUCAGAUCAUGUAAAUUUAUUUGAAAAAUUCGUCUUAGACACGAAAUAUCAAUCUCUUAGAAGGUUAGACAAAGAAUUUUUUAAACUGUGUUCGGAUCAAGCGCGUGUUUUCUACGUGUGGGAUGCCCUCGAUGAAAUUUCUACUAAGUAUUUGGAAGACGUAUCAGAUUUGAUUGUUUUGCUAUCAGAGAAAGGAUUCAUGCAAUGUGUUACCAGUAGAAAACACUUGAAAUCUUUCCUUGAAAAAAAAUUUAAUACAUUUUCGUUGAACAUAAGUCAGUUUAACGAGGAUGAACAAGAAGAAUAUAUUAGAAAACGUCUUGAUUCUAUCGUUUCAACUGACAACAUAGAAGGUGCUGUUCGAAAAAUUAAAUCUAGUUUUGCUUUCAUAAAACAUGUAGAUAUUUUAGGAAUUCCACUUCAAAUUUUCAUGCUCACGGAGAUAGUUGUUCAAAAUAACGACAAAUAUUUAAAAUUAUUUGGCGAUUCUUGGCUCUUAACUGAUUUGUAUCAUUACUUUAUUGAAGAGAAAUUCAACAUUUUCUACCGAAAUAAAUUGUGUCUUAAUAUUCAGGAUUAUUAUUCAAGGCGUGUGUUUAAGAGUGACAAAGAAAAAAUCUUAACACAUUAUGAAAAACUCGCAGUUGACUUAAUAUUUUCCGACUGCGAAGAUAUUAAAUGUCAAGAAGAUAUAGACAACACUUCUUACGAAUACGAAUCCAUCGGGAUUACAACUGGUUUCCAAAAUAACACACCGCUUUUUUUACAUGCAUCUUUUGCGGAAUAUUUGACUGCAGUGUAUUUUUCGAAGAAUUUUCAAGUUAUACCUGCGGAUACAUUUUUUGAUGAGAAAUAUGACAACGUACGAUUUUUCUUUGAUAUGUUGUUGGCCAAAAACUCACCAGUGCACAUUGCAGUCUUGUACAGAAAUUUUAACGCACUAAACGACUUUGACGACAAAAUAUUAACAAGUAAAGAUGGCGGUGGAAGAAGUGCUUUACAUCUGAUGUGUUCGUGGGGAUUAAGACAUUCCCGUCGAACUGUAGUGAUUAAGAAGAAAAAAAGAUUUUCACGUGUCUUGCGCAAAAAAGUACGUAGUGUGAAAUACAUACUUGAUGAUGAUGACUAUGAAUAUUCUCAAGAGGAAUUAGAAACAAGAGAAUAUCUAGAUGGGGUCGUACACUUGUUUAAUAAAUGUAAGAUUACAGAACUGGAUGGACUGUUUCAACUGUCGCCGUUGUCAUAUGCUAUACCUAGUGAAAGUUUAGGUGCGGAACUGGAAUUGUUACAGUCAGGAAUGUUACAAACUGAUCAGUUGUAUAGUUAUUGUGACAGAAUUAAUAUUUUAUAUUUUUCUAGUAUAUUUGGUUAUGACAAGGCGAUUAAAACCGUUGUCACUGGAAAAUUAAGUACUUAUUACGACGAAGUAAAUUUUAGUUGUGAACAGUUCGAUGACACUGCUCUUAUGAUCGCAUCCGCAAAUGGACACACAGCAGUCGUUGAAUGUUUGUUAGAACAACGAGCCAAAAUCAAUCGUGCUAAUGGAUUUUGUCAAACACCGCUUCACGAAGCUUCUUCGAACGGUCAUGAAAAAAUCGUCGAAUGUCUAGUGAAAAACGGGGCCAAAAUCAAUAAGGUUAAUACUAAUAAUGAGACACCGCUUUACGCAGCUUCUGAGAACGGUCACGAAACAAUCGUCGAAUUCCUAGUGACAUGUGGAGCCGACAUCAAUGGUGCUAAUAUUAAUGGUUGGACUCCGCUUUUCGCAGCUGCCUCGAACGGCCACGAAAGAACUGUCGACUGCCUAGUGAAAAGCGGGGCCGAAGUCAAUCGUACCACUGAAAUUGGUAAGACACCGCUUUACGCAGCUUCUGAGAACGGUCACGAAACAAUCGUCGAAUUCCUAGUGACAUGUGGAGCCGACAUCAAUGGUGCUAAUAUUAAUGGUUGGACUCCGCUUUUCGCAGCUGCCUCGAACGGCCACGAAAGAACUGUCGACUGCCUAGUGAAAAGCGGGGCCGAAGUCAAUCGUAUCACUGAAAUUGGUGAGACACCGCUUUACGCAGCUUCUGAGAACGGUCACGAAAGAACUGUCGACUGCCUAGUGAAAAGCGGGGCCGAAGUCAAUCGUAUCACUGAAAUUGGUGAGACACCGCUUUACGCAGCUGCCUCGAACGGCCACGAAAGAACUGUCGACUGCCUAGUGAAAAGCGGGGCCGAAGUCAAUCGUACCACUGAAAUUGGUGAGACACCGCUUUACGCAGCUGCCUCGAACGGCCACGAAAGAACUGUCGACUGUCUAGUGAAAAGCGGGGCCGAAGUCAAUCGUACCACUGAAAUUGGUGAGACACCGCUUUACGCAGCUUCUGAGAACGGUCACGAAAGAACUGUCGACUGCCUAGUGAAAAUCGGGGCCGAAGUCAAUCGUACCACUGAAAUUGGUGAGACACCGCUUUACGCAGCUGCCUCGAACGGCCACGAAAGAACUGUCGACUGCCUAGUGAAAAGCGGGGCCGAAGUCAAUCGUACCACUGAAAUUGGUGAGACACCGCUUUACGCAGCUUCUGAAAACGGCCAUGAAACAAUUGUCAAAUUCCUAGUGAAAUCUGGAGCCGAGAUCAAUCACGUUAAUAUAUACAAUUGGACACCGCUCAACGUAGCUUCGUCGAAAGGUCACGAGAAUAUUGUCCAAUAUCUAGUGAAAUGCGGAGCCGAAAUCACUCGCGCUGAUCAUGAUGGUUGGACACUACUUAAGGCAACUUUCUCGAAAGGCCACGAAAAAAUUGCCGAAUAUCUGGCGAAAUGCGAAACCGAAGUUAAUUAUGCCGAUGAAGCUAAUGAGGCACUACUUUGCGUAGCUUCAUCGAACAAUCCCGAAAGAAUAGUCGAAUAUCUAAUAAAAUACAAAGGCGAAAUUAAUCGAGUUGAUGAAAAUGGUGAAACACUGCUUUACACUGCUUCCUCGAACGGCUGCGAAAAAAUUGUGGAACUCCUAGUGAAAUCCGGAGCUGAAAUCGAUCGUGCUAAUACCAGUGGUAUGACCCCGCUUUACGUGGCUUCUUCGAAAGGCAACGAAAUAAUUAUCGAAUACCUGGUGAAAUGCGGAACCGAAAUCAAUCAAGCUGAUGAUGAUGGUAAAACACCGCUUUACGCAGCUGCCUCAAACGGGCACGAAAAAAUUGUCAAAUUACUAGCGAAAUGCGGAGGUGAAGUUAAUUGCGUUGAUGAAGAUGGCAAGACACCGCUUUUCACGGCUGCCUGUAAUGGCCACGAAAAAGUUGUCGAAUGCCUAGUGAAAUACGGAGCCGAAGUCAAUCGUGGUAAUAACAAUGGUGAGACACCGCUUUAUAUAGCCUCCUGUCGAGACCAUGAAGAAAUUGUAACCUACUUAACGGCAAAUGGUGCAAAAAAGUGAUCAUUACACAGAAAAUUGUGAAUCUUUUGAAACUCUUAUACACUUAACUAAUAUUUUUUUCAUUUAAGAAGUAAAUGGUUUUCCUUACAUCAACGAGAAACUACGUUUACAUCUUCAAGUAAAAUAUCACAAUCAUAUUCAUUCUCAAUUAUUCUCUAAAUUUUAAAAUCAUCAGACUAUAAUAAAUGACUCGAUUUAAUAUCACAACUCAGAUCGUUUAUAAAAAAUUUUAAAAAUAGUAGAGGACCUGAAGUGGAACUCUGAGGUACCCCACAAUUACGUAUCAUUCUUGAUAUAAAGUUGUUGUAUUCCACAUAUAACGAUCCAACAUGGCAAUUAGACACAGAAGAACAAUCUAAUUAAAAAACUAGAAAUUUUUUCAUUUUUUUAAUAGCCCUUAUUAUACCUUGAUCAUAAAUAUGACUUAAGUUCGGGAUCACAUUUAAUAUGUUAUCAGUACCCACAUUUAUUUAUUGUCAUUAAGACAUACUUUCAAAUUCGUGUUUUUCAUUACUCAUGAAGUCACUUAUGUCAAUGUGACUAAUCCUGAAUGUUUUCUGCUGUUUCAUCUGUUUCAACUCCAACACCUUAAAGCAAAGUUCCUGACAAUUUAUUCGACCUGUUUUGGGAUCCACAGGGUAAUAAUAAAUCUUAGCACAUGGACUAAAGUAAACAUCACAACUCUACAUUCAUUUAACGGGUAAUUUUGAAAUUACUGUUCCAAAGAUUAAUGCACUAAUUUUUUUCAUUUGUUCAGAACUAUCUGCCGCAAACAAGUUUGAAACUGUACUCAGUAAGUCAUUUGAAAAUCCUUAUGU